AUGGAGAGUAUCUUCUCGAUUAAUGUCCUUUUGUUUCAUUUUUACAAUAAAAAUAAAGUAAAUCAAAAACGCGCAUUACUUUUGUACCAACCUAAUACUAUUGAGUCUCAAGACAACUCGGAUCAAUUGCGAGUUCUCCUGCACAGGGAGUUUCGACCACGAAAGGAUCCACCGCAACUAAAACGGUAUUCUUUGAAGGAUACUAGUGUUCCCCAAGUCAACUCGGAUCAAUUGAAUGCUUGCUUGCAUCAAGAGUUUCGUCCACGAGAGGAUCCACUACAACCACAAAUGUCUCAGUCGAAGGAUAAAGAUCAAUUGAAAACUUGCUUGCAUCAAGAGUUUCGGCCAAGAAAAGAUCCACCCCGAAUGCGUCUACAUGGUACUAGGGGAUACGAGUUACAACCAGAGAAGUUUCAAGUUCACCUGCAUCAUGAGUUCCGACCAAGGAAAGAUCCACCAUGUCGAGACCAUUAUCACAACAUGCCACCACGUCAUUAUGGUUCAAUCACGGAUUCAUGGUCCAAUUUCGUUAUUGAUGUGCACGGAUGA